AUGAGUCAACAACCUUUUUUAAUAACACGUUUACCUGAGAAAAUCAUGCUGCAAAUUUUUUCGCAUUUAAGUCAUCCAGAAUUGUGUAAUAUUGCACGUGUUUGCAAAAUGUGGCGUCGGUUAGCAUAUGAUCAUUCAUUGUGGCAGUCACUUAAUUUACGACCUGAAUAUGGUGGAAUAUUUGUAAGGUCAAUUGAUGAGCUAUUAAAUCUCAUUCAUCAUAGGUCUGGAAGUGGGUUAAGGUGUAUUGAACUAUCCAGCGAUCUAGUCACUAUACCAGUUUUAGAGGAACUUGGAAAUCGAUGUCCAAAUCUUCGCUAUUUAACUCUAGAUUUUUCUAAUGCUAUGCAACUACAUGAUUUCAACGAAUUGGCUUCAUUCCCUUCAUCAAUUAAAUAUUUAUGUAUUUGUUUAAGUGAUGUGAUAUUUAUGGAAGGUUUAAUGAGAAAAAUCUAUUCAUGUUUAUCAGCGGUUGAAAUUUUGCACUUAAUUGGAACAUUUGAAUUAGCCACAGAGGAAGAAGAAGAAAUUUAUGAAGUCAUCAAUAUAAGUAAAAUUAAAGCCCAUACACCUAAUUUACGUGUUAUCAAUUUAUUUGGUAUCAACUUCAUUGAAGAUAGUCAUGUGGAAUUAUUAGCCAGUAAUUGUAUUCAUUUAGAAUGUGUCGCGCUUAAUUUUUGUCUAAAUGUUAAGGGUUCAUCAUUUACAUUAUUGAUCGCGAAUUGUAAAAAGUUGACAACCCUACUUCUAGAACAUUGUGGUCUCAAAGAUGAAUUUAUGAUGGCUGUACCAUGGGAAAAUUCAGGAAUCUGUGAACUUGAUAUAACAUCUACAGAAUUAUCUGCUGAAUGCCUUGAAAACUUCUUAACACGUAUACCAUAUUUUACUUAUUUGGCAGCAGGUCAUACAGAUUUUUUUACUGAUCAUAUAUUGAAUACACUAUGCGACAGUGGUAAAUUUAAGCAAGUCAAAGCUAUUGAUUUGAGUCAUACACCGGCACUUAACGAACAGUCCAUAACAAAUCUUCUUAAGAUUCAUGGUCAUCAGUUACAUGGUCUUAUGCUACAUGGAAAAGCUACUUUAGCUGAGUAUUUUUGGACUACUGUGAUUCCAUAUCUUGGUGCGAUAAAGGUUUGUGUACUUGGAGCAUCACAUGGUUGGUUUUAUAAAUACAACACACGAGUUCAUAUUGAUAAAAUUCUGGAAAGUUUUGCCGGAUAUUGUCCAAAUUUAGAAGCAUUAGAAAUACAAUGGGAUCCAGAUACUAUUCGUUUUAGUGAUAAAAGUAGAAAAUUCAUUGAUCGAAUUAGAAUCAAAUGUCCUCGAUUGAAGUCUUUAACUCUUAGUGAUGGGAAGUACUACGAAAUGGUUAAAGGAAAUUUCGAAAGAGCAGAAUGUCCUAGAGUAGUACGCACUACAACUACGUAUAUUACAAGUAUUAUUAGUUUACUGAAACGUUAUAAGGAUUUGAGAUUUAAUUAA